UAUUCUAGAAAGUGAAGCAAAUAGAUAAAGGAGAGCAGAGCAAGUGUGAGCGAUACAGAAAAAUUGUUGGAUCGAAGCUUCUUGAAUUCUGUAGGAGAGCUUGGAAUCUCAGUCAAUGAAGCUGUUGCGGUUAGCGUUCGUCAUUGCUUUACUGUUUGGAUUGGUCGCCAUCCUCAUCUACAUCACCGGAGUCUCCGAUCUCUAUGAGUUGAAUCGGCUCACGGAGGAAGAUAUGGAAGCUUUGCAAACUCUGCAGAAUCGUUUCCAGAAAUGCGUGGCUGCGAAUGGAUUAGGUUUACAAGCUGAGAGUGGUAAAGAUUCUUGCGAAGUUACGAUGAAAUUUCCUGCGGACACCAUUCCUAAAUGGAAAGAUCCCAAAACCAACGAGCUUGAAGGUUUAUCGUAUGAUUUUAAUCUUUGUGAAGCUUUGGCUACUUGGGAACAGGUGCGGAACAGUACUACAAUACUCACCCGGGAGUUCGUUGAUGUUUUACCAAAUGGAUGGGAAGAUUAUGCAUGGCGUAGGAUUAAUAAGGGAGUACAACUUGACCGCUGUAAAAAUAAAACUUUGUGCGUCGAGAAACUUUCUCUGGUACUCCCUGAAACACCACCAUAUGUUCCUCACAUGUUUGGCCGUUGUGCUGUUAUCGGAAACUCGGGCGAUCUUCUGAAAACAAAGUUUGGUAGGGAGAUAGAUGGUUAUGAUGCAGUUGUUAGAGAAAAUGGUGCACCAAUUCAGAACUAUACUGAUCACGUGGGCAAGAAAUGUACGUUUCGGCUUCUUAACCGGGGAUCCGCUAAAGCUCUUGAUAAAGUUGUGGAGUUAGAUGAGUCCAGGAAGGAAGUCUUGAUCAUCAAAACAACAAUUCAUGACACUAUGAACAAGAUGAUUCAGGAAAUUCCAAUAAAAAAUCACGUAUAUCUCAUACUAGGUGCUUCAUUUGGUUCUGCAGCAAAAGGAACUGGUCUCAAGGCUCUUGAAUUCGCUCUCUCUAUUUGUGACUCAGUAGAUAUGUAUGGCUUCACUGUAGAUCCUGGAUAUAAAGAAUGGACUAGAUACUUUUCCGAAUCUCGACAAGGCCAUACUCCUCUGCAUGGCAGAGCAUACUACCAGAUGAUGGAGUGUUUGGGUCUAAUCAAAAUUCAUUCGCCUAUUCGAUCCGAUCCAAACCGUGUUGUGCAUUGGGUACCAGACCGUAGUACUAUGAAUGCUGCUAGAAUUGCAUCAGAGAAAUGGAUGAGGAGGAUUGGAGCAGGAUAUGCAACCCCACUGCGUAUGUGUUCUAUUGUAAAGAAGCAAGUCAAGCUGAAGCUUACGUCAUUUCUCAAAUUGAGAAAGGCUGCCAUUGAACACCAGAAAUAUGUGAAAAGCGCUACCCUGUAUCCUCUUGAGCAUAGUCCCCGUCAUGGUAUGCUUUGCACUGUGUGAAGCGGUUAGUACAGAGGUCAUUGGACUGCAAUUUGGACCGAGCAACUCAGUUAUUUUGCAAGCUGAAGUUCUUGGUCAAAAAUGCCAUACUAGAGCUAAGGACCCAGAAAAAGAUGCUGCUCAAAAUUGUUCAGGAAGAUUGUCAACUGAACUACACAAUGUAGAGUUUUGAAAGAGUGUUGUAAGUUUCUCACAGCCUUGCAU